GAUGCCGAAGUACGCGAGUGGCACGCGAUCUUGUGACUGCUUGCCGGGCCCCGGCUGCUCCGCGCCGCGAUGCAGGUCUCGAGCCUCAACGAGGUGAAGAUUUACAGCCUCAGCUGCGGCAAGUCCCUCCCUGAGUGGCUGUCUGACAGGAAGAAGAGAGCACUGCAGAAGAAGGAUGUGGAUGUUCGUAGGAGAAUUGAACUCAUUCAGGAUUUUGAAAUGCCCACUGUGUGUACCACUAUCAAGGUGUCGAAAGAUGGACAGUACAUUUUAGCGACAGGAACUUAUAAACCUCGGGUUCGGUGUUAUGACACCUAUCAGUUAUCAUUGAAGUUUGAAAGGUGCUUGGAUUCGGAAGUCGUCACCUUUGAGAUUUUAUCUGAUGACUAUUCAAAGAUCGUCUUCUUGCAUAAUGACAGAUACAUUGAAUUUCACUCACAAUCAGGCUUUUACUACAAAACCAGAAUUCCCAAGUUCGGCAGAGACUUCUCUUAUCACUACCCGUCCUGUGACCUCUACUUUGUUGGUGCAAGCUCUGAAGUGUACAGAUUAAAUUUAGAGCAAGGGCGGUACCUGAAUCCUCUCCAAACAGAUGCUGCGGAGAACAAUGUUUGUGACAUAAAUGCCGCACAUGGCUUGUUCGCCACAGGAACUAUAGAGGGUCGAGUGGAAUGCUGGGAUCCAAGAGUAAGAAAAAGAGUCGGAGUGUUGGACUGUGCGUUAAAUAGCGUCACAGCAGAUUCAGAUAUAAACAGCUUGCCCACCAUCUCUGCAUUGAAGUUCAAUGGCGCCUUGACCAUGGCAGUUGGAACAUCCACAGGACAGGUGUUGCUGUACGAUCUCCGCUCGGACAAGCCAUUGCUAGUUAAGGAUCACCAGUACGGGCUGCCCAUUAAGUCAGUUCAUUUCCAGAACUCAUUAGAUUUGGUCUUGUCUUCAGACUCCAGAAUUGUCAAAAUGUGGAACAGGAACUCGGGGAAAAUAUUUACUUCAUUGGAGCCAGAACAUGACCUGAAUGACGUUUGCCUGUAUCCCAACUCAGGAAUGCUUCUCACUGCCAAUGAGGCCCCCAAGAUGGGCAUCUACUACAUUCCGGUUUUGGGUCCUGCUCCCAGAUGGUGUUCCUUCCUGGACAACUUGACAGAAGAAUUAGAAGAGAAUCCGGAGAGCACGGUGUAUGAUGACUACAAAUUUGUCACCAAGAAAGACCUUGAAAACUUAGGGCUCACACAUCUCAUUGGAUCACCUUUUCUCCGGGCAUAUAUGCAUGGAUUCUUCAUGGACAUCAGACUCUACCACAAGGUGAAAUUGAUGGUAAAUCCAUUUGCAUAUGAAGAAUAUAGGAAGGAUAGAAUUCGACAGAAGAUAGAAGAAACGCGUGCACAGAGAGUCCAGUUAAAGAAACUGCCCAAAGUUAACAAAGAACUGGCUCUUAAAUUAAUUGAAGAGGAAGAGGAGAAACAGAAGUCCACACUGAAAAAGAAAGCUAAGAGCCUCCCGAAUAUCCUCACGGAUGACCGAUUUAAAGUCAUGUUUGAGAACCCCGACUUCCAGGUGGAUGAAGAGAGUGAAGAGUUCCGGCUUCUGAACCCGCUUGUCUCGAGGAUCAGUGAGAAGAGGAAGAAGCAUCUGAGACUCUUAGAGCAGCGAGAGCUUCAAGCCAAGAGUGAAGAAGAGGAAGAACCGGAAGGAAAACCCAGCGAUGCGGAAAGUUCGGAGAGUUCAGACGAUGAGAAGGCCUGGGUUGAAGAAGUCAGGAAGCAGCGCAGACUCCUGCAGCAGGAGGAAAGAGCGAAGCGGCAGGAGCAGCUGAAGGAGGACCAGCAGACAGUCCUGAAACCCCAGUUCUAUGAGAUCAAAGCGGGAGAAGAGUUCAGAAGCUUCAAAGAGUCUGCCACCAAGCAGAAACUGAUGAACAAAACUCUUGAAGAUCGUUUGAAACUUGAAGCAAAACACGGGACAUUGAAUGUAUCGGACACUGCUGUUGGCAGCAAGCAGUUGACAUUUACACUGAAGAGGUCUGAACAGCAAAAGAAGCAACAGGAGGCUGAGAAACUGCAUCGCCAAGAGAGGAAAAAGCUGAGAAGGUCUGCUGGUCACCUGAGGUCCAGACCCAGAAGAGGCCGUCCCUUUCACUGAGGGAAGUCUGCCUGUGUUUGGCUGGGAUUCUCAGAAGCGAAUCAAACCAGGCGAGGGAACGUGGUAGUUAAACCUCCAGGUAGACGCAUGUGCCCUGCUGGUCUGACCGGGCCCCAGCAAUCCCCGGGUGUUUCUUCUAAGUUGUUGCCCCCUUAAAUACUGUCUUCUCUGGGGGUGACCAGGGAAAGCAGCCUCAUUUCUAAUAAUAGAAAGAUCUACAUGAAAUGAAAGCAAGAGAUUAUCAUGUUUGCAAGAAUGUCUUUUUUUGUUUGGUUUUGGUUUUUCGAGACAGGGUUUCUCUCUGCAGCCCUGGGUGUCCUGGAACUCGCUCUGUAGACCAGGCUGACCUCAGACUCACAGAGAUCCACCUGCCUCUGCCUCCUGAGUGGUACUAAAGAUGCACCAUCACUGCCCAGCCAGAAUGUCCUUGCCCACAGUGUCUUCUGCCUCUCAGGACUGAGCCAAACGAAGUCCCGCUCCUAUUUACCUGGUGUCUGCUGGCUGGCCCUGUUUCUGUCCAUGAGUUUAUGCUGGCAGGUUUACUUGCUUACUUUUGUAUUCCUUCGGUAUACUUUCUAAGCUAUUUUUAUAUCAAGAGUGUAAGUUAAUGGUAAUAAAUAAGAAAUG